ACAACAAGCCUGCAUUGGGAUUUCCAAAAACAAGUGAACAUAUUCAAGUGAACGUAUAUCACCUGUACCUCAAUUCUAUCCACAACGUUCUAUCGCUGUGAGAAAUCCCUAACUGUAAGAUUCAUUCAGCUAGAGUGGAGAUUGUUAUUUGUAGUGUGGUUUGACACAGUGGGUUAGACAAAUAUAAAAAGCUGUCCUACUUGCUCUCCUAGAUUCCUGUGAUGUCAUUAGUGGCGUAGAGAUUGCCAAACAACAUGCCACAGAGGAGCACAACGAGGCUGUUUUUUGUUUGUUGUGUUGUGUGUUCUGUGUGUAUGUGAUUUAUUGUGACAGUUGGCUAGGUGUGCUUGGCAGAGGCGUUUGGUGACCGUGUUUGGUGAAGGACAUAACCAAAUUUGGCUAUUUUCACCUGGCAAAGAUGGACAAAGACAGUAUGGGCCCCAAGAAGACUUUUGUGUCCACUUUUCGGAUGGAUUUUAAGCCUGCCGCCCCUCGGCAGUUUGUGUUGAAGGGGAUCAAGAAUGAGCUGGAGGACAGGGACACUGCUCGGGGGGGUAGCAGCAAGCAGGGAACCAUAUCAACAGAUAUCACCUCAAAGAGAAGAGUCUCCACUGAAAAGGGUCCCCUGCUGGAGUUUCUUGACCCCCAAGAGCAGUUGGAGGUGCGGGUGGGAGGGAAGGCCAGACUCCACUGUGCAUUCAGGAGCUGCAGUGUUCCUGUGGCUUCCUGCUGGAUCUACAACAGAGAGCAGGUGGUUGCAGGCGGGCCGAGGACUCGUGUAGAGAGCAGUGACACUGACAGCAGUGUGGAGAUAUCUCAGGCUUGUCCGGAUGAUGCGGGUACAUACACUAUAUUGGUGCGGAAUCGCAGGGGCUUGGCUCAGCACACAGUCACCCUCAGUGUUAUCGACCGGCCUCACCCUCCGGCAUCUAGUCCCAUGGUCUCCCAGCUCUCCUCCUGCUCCCUGGUCCUCUCAUGGUCGGGGCCCAGCUACGACGGGGGCACUGCCGUCACAGGCUACGCGGUGGAGGUGAGACGAGAAGGCUCUGAGAAGCCCGAGGACUGGACUGAGGUGACGACCCACUGCAAGAACACCUCGUACCGGAUCCGCUCGGUCCUGGAGCCCCUGGGGGAGUACCGCUUUCGCGUUCGGGCCUACAAUUUGGCAGGUGUCAGUGAGCCGAGUGAGGUGUCAGACUGUGUCAAGAUGGACACCAGAGGAGAGCCUAAAGAGGAAUCCCAAUCGUACGUGACUGUCACCAUUGACACCACACACAAAGUCAAGGAUCAUUACAAUGUGCAUGAGAAGCUGGGAGUGGGGAAGUUUGGCCAGGUGUUCAGGCUGAGUCACAAGGAGACAGGUCAGGUGUGUGCAGGGAAGUUCUACCGGGCCCAUAGCUCCAGGGCGAAGGCUGUGGCGCGCAGGGAGAUCGAGCUGAUGAACUGUCUCCACCACCCCAAGCUGGUGCAGUGCCUCGGGGCCUAUGACACCCGCUCCGAAAUCAUCAUGGUGAUGGAGUACAUUGCCGGCGGGGAACUGUUUGAGCGCAUCGCGGACGACAACUUUGAGCACACGGAGCCUACCAGCGCACGCUACAUGCAUCAGCUCCUGGAGGGCAUGCAGUACAUCCACCGGCAGAACAUUGUCCACUUGGACCUCAAGCCAGAAAACAUUGUGUGCGUGGACACCACGGGCACGAGGAUUAAGAUCAUCGACUUUGGCCUGGCAGCCAAGCUGGAGCCUGGUACUCCACUGAUGGUGAUGCAUGGGACGCCUGAUUUUGUGGCCCCUGAGGUGAUCAGCUACGAGCCGGUAGGGCUGGCCACUGACAUGUGGAGCAUCGGAGUCAUCUGUUUCAUCUUGCUGAGCGGUGAGUUGCCCUUCCAAGGUAACAGUGAUGCAGAGACCCUGAGCCUGGUGACGGCCGCCCGCUAUGAGUUUGACCAGCAAAGCUUCGAGGACAUCUCGGACCAGGCUAAAGACUUCAUCACCUCUCUGCUCAAGAAGGACACAAGGUGUAGGCUGUUGUGUGACGAGGCCCUGGCCCACCCCUGGAUGGCCUCUUUUACCCUUCUGGUCCACCGGCCCACCAAGUCCCUCAAGAAGGACAAGAUUCGACGUUUCUUGGCCAAGCGCAGAUGGAAGAAAACAGGCAAGGCUGUCCUGGCAUUGCAGAGGAUGGCCAACCUCACCAACGGACCCGACUCUCCUGGCAGCCCCGGGGAGGAGGUUAGCUGGAGCCCGGCGGCAGAGCAGGCCAUCCAGACCCUGGAUCAGGAGCUGCAGAGCGAACCCCGCUUCCAGCAGGUCCUAAGGGACACCAGCCAGCCCCAGGGAUCUUCCGCCCGCCUGGCCUGCCGCGUCCAGGGCUACCCCGAGCCGGAGGUGGUGUGGUAUAAGGAUGAGGAGACAGUGGAGUCAUCUUCGAGGGUCACCGUGGAGUACGACGGCAUGUGUGAGCUGGUCCUGACUGACCUGGGACCUGCCGACACUGGGGUUUACAAGUGCAGAGCUACCAACGACCUAGGGGAGGCGCUGUGCUCGGCCAAACUUACCGUGGAACUGUAGCCUGAAAACACAAAACAACUACAUCUGGAUCCCUAAUCUCCACCCAUUUCCCCAAAGUGUGCACUUUCCGUUAUGGAUUUAACAAUGCUGGAAACUCCCUAGUAGCCGAUGAUAACCCCAAUCCAAUGUUUUGAAUCCAUAACGGGAAGUGUGGAAGUGCACACUUUGGGAGAAGGGUGCAGAAUCGGGAUGUAGCCUACAAUCAAUUUUGGGGAAGCUACUCUGAAAAGAUAGUUUACCAAACUACCAAUUACUUCACACUGGAAGAAGUUAAGCUACAAAUUGCAAGAACCGAUCACUCUUGUUAAUAGAAUGUUUUUUUGCUUAAUAGGACAAAUUACACAAUGUUUCAAGUGAGAAUUAGGCAGGUCUGAUGUCGAAAAAGAAAGGAAAUUGCCUACCUCACCCAUAUUUUAGCAAAAUAAGUGUGUAGCAGUUAGCUUAAUGGCAAAAAAAAGUAAUUAACUGCUGAAAACACAAUCAAGAUUUUAAUUUAGCUUAACUACUAUCAAGCUACUGCAAAAUAUAGUUUAAUUAGCAAUUGAACUACAAUGCAAUCUAGGUGACCUUGGUUUAAAAUGUAUAAUCGUUGUGAACUGCUCUGAGGUGGAAGAACCAGUGAAAGCAAAUUCCAGGAUGUUCAUUAGGAUACUGUAGACCUGUUUUCAUGCCAUUUCUUUGUUGCUUUUUCUGUUUUUUGACCCUGGGAUAGAUUGACCACUGUCAGUCAUGUUUCUCUCCUAGGACUUCCGAUCAUUGCAAGAUGUAGGAGAGAUGAGAAGGCCACUUUAGACUUGAGAUACGGUCAUUGUUCAGCUGUCCACAGAUGUCAAGGGUGGCUCAAAGACAAUAUAAUACACAAUGGACUGAACUGAGGUCUAAAAAAGUCACAGUAAAGCUUAAUGUAUAGCAAGGGCAAACUAAGAAAUGACAAGUGCACAAGGAUGGGUAAAUUCACUAUUCCAUGUUGAUUUUUGUCAUAACUUCCAGACAGUAAACUGUUCCUCAAUGGUGCCUCUCACAGCUAGAUGCACAAGGAGGGUGUAGAAAGGUCAAACCACACCACUUUCCAUUCACUUUGAUUCAGUUGUGACACUUCAUUUGAUACACCAACUUUCAAAACCAGCAAAGUACAACGCUUUACCAAACCCCUCGACUUUUUCCACAUUUUGUCACAGCCCGAAUUUAAAAUGGAUUAAAUGUAGAUUAUUUUUUGUCGUCACUGGCCUACACACAAUACCCCAUAAUGUCAGUGGAAUUAUGUUUUUAUAAACAUUAACAAAUUAAUGAAAUGCUGAAAUGUCUUAAGUAUUCAACCCCUUUGUUAUAGCAAGCCUAAAUAAGUUCAGGAAUAAAACUUUGCUUAACAAGUCACAUAAGUUUCAUGGACUCUCACUGUGUGCAAUUAUAGUGUUUAUAACCUCUUUGGGAUAGGGGGUGGUAUUUUGACGUCCGGAUGAAAAGCAUGCCCAAAGUAAACUGCCUGUUACUCAGGCCCAGAAGCUAGGAUAUGCAUAUAAUUUGUAGAUUUGAAUAGAAAACACUCUAAAGUUUCUGAAACUGUUGAAAUACUAGUCUGAGUAUAACAGGACUGAAAUGGCAGGCAAAACCCAGAGGACAAACCAUCCCCCCAAAAAGAAUUUAGUCCUACCACUGAUUUCAAUGGCUGGCACUUUUGUAAUAGGGCAAACUCAUGCCCGGUUGCAGUUCCUAGGGAUUCCACUAGAUGUCAACAGUCUUUAGAGUUUCAGGCUGGUUUUUGGAAAAAUUUGCCACAAAUUGUAGUUUUUCUAGGUGGCUCUCAUUUUGGAUGUCGUGUUUCCAAGCACGUGAAUGACAGCGCGUGCUUUGUAUUUUUCUCCGUUAAAGACAAUAACGAUUCUCCAUCUUAAAUGUUAUCGUUUAUUUGCGUAUUUGGGUACCAAAGGGUUGAUUGACUUGUUUGGAUAAGUAUUGGUAACAUUUGGGAUUCAUUUUUGUAUGAGGGAAAAUGAGUGGACUAUUGACUGAAGCGUACCAGCUAAACUGAAUUUUUACGGAUAUAAAGAAGGAAUUUAUCGAACAAAAGGACCAUUUGUAAUGUAUCUGGGACCUUUUGGAGUGCCAACAGAAGAAGAUCUUCAAAGAUAAGGCAUAUAUUAUAUCGCUAUUUCUGACUUUCAUGUCGCAACUCCCUGGUUGAAAAUGAUUUGUUAUGCAUUUGUGUGCUGGGCGCUGUCCUCAGAUAAUCACAUGGUUUACUUUCGCCAUAAAGCCUUUCUGAAAUCUGACACAGCGGCUGGAAUAACAAUAAGUUAAGCUUUAUUUUGAUGUAUUGCACUUGUGAUUUCAUGAAAGUUUAAUAUUUAUAGUACCCAGUCACGACAAAGAUACAGGUGUCCUUCCUAACUAAGUUGCCGGAGAGGAAGGAAACCACUCAGGGAUUUCACCAUGAGGCCAAUAGUGACUUUAAAACAGUUACAAAAUAAGGGCUGCGAGAAGAUAGAAAACUGAUGGAUCAACAAUAUUGUAGUUACUCCAAAAUACUAACCUAAUUGACAGUGAAAAAGGGAAGCAUGUACAGAAUAAAAAAUAUUCAAAAACAUGCAACAAGUUACUAAAGUAAUACUGCAAAAAAAAAAGUGGUAAUGCAAUUCACUUUUUGUCCUGAAUACAAAGUGUUCAGUAGUAUUGGAUUUUCCCAACAUAUGAGUACCAUUUUCAAGCAUUGUGUUGGCUGCAUUAUGUUAUGGGUAUGCUUGUAAUAAUUUAAAACUGGGGAGUUUUUCAGGAUAAAAAAAAAACUGAAUGGAGCUAAGCAGGCAAAAUCCUAGAGCAAAACCUGGUUCAGUCUGCUUUCCACCAUACACUGGGAGAUGAAUUCACCUUUCAGCAGUAAUAAUCUACAACUUAAGGACAAAUCUAUACUGGAGUGGCUUUCAAGAAGAAAGUGAAUGUUCCCGAGUGGCAGAGUUACAGUUUUGACAUAUCUGCUUGAAAAUCUGUGGCAAGACAUGAAAAUGGUUGUCUAGCAAUGAUCAACAACCAAUUUGACAGAGCUUGAAGAAUUUUGAAAAUAAUAAAAAUGGGGAAAUGUU